GGAAGAGAGAUGAAUUAUGAUUUUGCUUCUCCUUGUUCUUCACCACCGACACCUUCAUCUCCGCUUCCAGUCAGUGUAGAUGUAGGACAAGAGAGUCCUUUGUUUCGACAGUCUCGACAGUUCAAUGCCUACAGACAUUCGACCAUGACAUUGGGCUGGGAUAAUCUUAGACAACCAUCAGCCUUUUCUCUAGAUCAAGAGCCGCACAAGGACAAUACAGUCUACAAGGAAAGUUCGUGUUUGAAGAACUUGAUAAAGUGGCUCUUCCUCGAGUGUUGCAGGAUGAAGUGGCUCUUCCUCAAGUGUUGCAACUGGUGCUCUCGGCUUACUACUCUCCCAUCAAAACCAAAAGAAUCAGAUCAUCCUUUCCAAGAUAGCUUACAUUGGAAACUUUAAAACUACGGAUACAUUUUAUGUUUCUAUCACCUUCUAGUAGUCAAUGUCCAAAAACUACAUUAAAUAUUAUGUGCAUUUCAAAAUCAGACUAUUGGAUACCCUCAAGUAUCGUGGGUAAAUCCACUGAGUACCAUUUAUGUGUAAGAUACCUUAGACUGCAUGUAACAUCAGAUAAUACUAAUACAGUGAAUAUUGAGAAGCA